AUGCUAAAGAAAAAACAAUGUUUAGUAUUGUUCAAUAGUGCAUUUAUUAGAAAAAUAUCAGAAUCAGGUAACAACAAGAGAUUAGCGAGACUGAAAUAUCUGCAAGAGUGGUAUCAAAAGGACGAUGGUCUUCCUGUUUGGAUGAAAUCGGCAACGGAUAGAUUAUUGUUCAAAAUCACAUUUUUAGGAUGUCUCUGUGGCCUUACAAUGGGACUCUAUACGGUAAUUUGGGAGCUGUCGAUUCGCAAACGGUUUUUCAAUGAUAGUAAAUAG